CCUUGGUUCCUUCCGUAGUCUGCGAGAAAACAUGGCUUCACACACAACUAAGGCAUUUUUGACUCUAGGUCGAAUAAAUGUUACCGGUUUUGGACUGCAUAAUUCAGUAAGUAGGGUCACAUAUGCAACGGCUGUAUCGGAAACGCCUUUUAGAAGGAAUAACGGUGAGUUACUCUGUAUCUGUUUAACUGUUUACGAAGAUUUAAAAUAAUAGCUGCAGGCUAAGCUAAGUGCUAAAAUGCUGUCAUCGAGGCCAGUGCACUAUCCCCUAUCCUUAAACAGAAACGUUUAAUAUAGUAUUGAGUGUUUAAACGAGGCCAGUAGCAGUGUUUCCAUAGAUGGGACUAAGGAGUAAGGAGUGAUGUGACUGAGUUUCUUUUUCAAAUCGUCUCAAUAAAGCCCUGUUUUUUAAUAAGCUGAUCAAAAUAGUAAAUAUUCAUUGCGCAUCUGAUGUUUGACAUGUCUUUUAUUUUGAAAAAAAGCUCAUUUUUUAAAUGCAUAUAUUUCUAAUUUUUUAUACACCAUAUGAAAAAGUAAAAAUACAUAUGUUUGACACUUUCUCAACAGGUAAAAAAGAGCUUAAUAUUUAAAAAAUAGACUUGGUGGUUUCCUUUCGAGAUUAAAAAGUACAACAAACACAUCAGCAGUUAUAGGUUAAACAUUCAGAACAGAGGAGAAAAUGCUAAUUCAGCUGUUAAAGUUUUUUAUUUUGUUAAUCAGAACAAACUUUAGGAUAAAGUAAAGAAGAUACAACAAAAACAAAAACCUUUAACACACUCAAAACAAAAACUAUACGUUCUCCCAAACAAACUCAAAGAAAGCCAGAGAAACAGUAACAACAUUGUGGCUUUUAGGUCUUUUUUUUACGAAUUAUACAAUAUAAAAAGCUGUCACAACACAGUGAAGGAUAUUUUCACUUAAAAAACUGUUUUUGUGUGGCUCAUGUUAACCAUUUCCAGGGAACCCGGGGGGAGAUGAAAGACCAUUUUUCAGAAAACCCAAAAGAGAAGUAAGUGUGCAGCUUUAUGUCUGUUUUUUUUUUUUUUUUAAUACAAAAAAAGUGUAAAAAUAUUUAUUUUUUUGGCAAGAUACUUAACAACAUAGUGAAAGAAGAUCUAUGUGAAACAGGCUGCUUUUCUCUGUCAACUGUCUUGAUAACCUGACACGUUUCCAGGGAAAAGAAGGGUAACUUUGUCUCCUGUGUUUUCUAUCAGCCCGGGGAGCCAAGGACAGAAAAGAUGCUGGUGGAUCAGGACUGGACUUCUGUCUAUCCUGCAGCAGCCCCUUUUAGACCAAACGCUGUCCCGCUGCCUGUGAGGAUGGGCUACCCUAUGAAGAGAGGCGUUCCUCCAGAGAAGAAGGGAAACUUGGAGCUGAUCAAGGUCAGAACUUUUUCCCUUUACGGGGCCACAACAUGAUGGCACUUCUAAAACCAAAUGUAAUCAUUAAAAUGUGGCACAGUGUGGACUCAAACAGGCCAACUGCAACAGCCUAGUUCUCAGGAUGACCAGUUUAGUAACUUGUUGCCAGCUUGUGCUCUUGAGAUAUAGCUGAAUGGCUCUGUAGACUCCGGAUCGGUUCCCGGAUUAUGGAGCUGCUGUUUCCAGACACCAGCUGCUCAAUCUGGACUUCAGCCACCUGCAGAUCCCCUAUUUCAGCUGUUACAGCUGGAGCUCUGCUGUCUAGCCCAACAACACUGAUGUUGCUCUUUCCAUCUUCUAUGUAGAGCUGAAUGCUUUAGAUCUCUUGCUUCUGGUUUUGUGCUCAAAUUCUACAUUUUAGAUGUCUUGAUUUGGACACCUGUGAAAAUUUGAAUUUAUUCUCACACAAGUAUGAAUUAUAGGACUAUUUCCAUGGUUUCCUUGUUUCCUAUGAUAAACUGUUCCUUCAAAUGACAGUGUCCUGACACCUUGCAUCAAAAGACUCCUUUAAACAAAAGUUAUAGAAGUUUUGUGAUGUGAGAUCCGCCACAAGUAUUAGAUGAUUCUCUUUAGUAUUUAUCUUUCUAUUUUAUUCUUAUACAUAUGUUUUAUUUUACUGUUCUGUAGAAUACUUGUCUUGUAUAUGUAGUACCUUCUUUCUUACAACUAUUUAUACUUUCACUACCUUAUUUUUUUACUUGUCUAUUGCACUGGAAAAGGAGAAGCUCUCCAAUUUUGUUGUACUUUCAGUAUGAUGACAAUAAAGGACAUUCUGAUUCUGGUUCUGAUGAUCUAUAAACUAUCUAUAAAUUUACUCUGAAAUAAACUGAUCAACACUGUUGAUUCAGAAACUAUCCAGUGAUGGGUAUAAGGCUUUAAGGAAUCAAGUGUGCAGAAGAAGUGGCUCUUAAUUUCUUCAGAAAAGGGGAAAAUGCUCGAGAUUGGGAUCAUGUGCACAUAUUUUUAUGCAUCUUAGAUAUUACAUCAUCAGUUGUGCAUCUUAGCAUUCCUGUAAUCUCUUUUUUUAAUCUCUUUCAGAUACCGAACUUUCUGCAUUUGACACCAGCAGCCAUCAAGAAACACUGUGAAGUUCUGAAACGUAAUUUCUUUUUUUAAUCAUAACUUGGCUGCAGUUUAAUGAUUAUUGCAACACAAAAAUUCAAAGACUUGUUUGGGAGGUUUAAAAAGUUCUUUCUGUGCUUUUAGCGUUCUGUACAGAGUGGCCAUCUGCCCUGGACUCUGACGCCAAAUGUGACGAGCACUUUCCCAUCAAAGUAGAAAGCACAGACUACGUGUCAGCCGGCCCAUCUGUCAGAAACCCGUCGGCUCGCAUUGUUCAUCUCAGAGUGAGUUCACCUGGUUUUUGACCUCGGCUUUUUACCUGAUGGUCUUAGCUUUAGCUGUGUUCCACGGAUGUAUAGAAAGUGGGAAUUGGAGAAACCCGACAUGGAAAAUGAGAUUAGAGAUUUGCAGGGAUGCAUAAUCACCAGCUGACAUCAUGUCCCUCUGACUUAUCCAGAGACGUUCAUUGUCCAGUGACCUGAAACCUAAGAAAUGAUGCCACCAAGUCUGCAGAGAGAUUAUACAGAUUUAGAUAUCUUUUAUGCAUCAUGAUGAAGCUCUGCUGAUGUCCUCUUUCUAAUUAAAGCCUCAAUUAUUUUUUGGAAUUUGUUCAUUUCAUUAAAACUUAUUAAAUUAUACGAUACAAGUAACAAAACUUGUUACCAUCACCAUAUUUGUUGUUACAUUUUGAUAUUCUUCUUAAUCCCUUCACCACUGCAGCCAUCACUAAUCCAUCAAUAUACAAUCCUCCUCACGGAGCUGAGCCAUAAAUGGAAACAUAAAACAACACAUGACGUCCACAACCCAUCCAUAAGAAGAUUUACACUCUAGGUUCUGUCUACGAAUCUAGGAAAAGGCAUCAAGGAAAAACUCAGAGUCCUCUGUGUGAGGAUGUUGUUUAUGGUUCGACAGACGACUUCAUAUGUUUACACAGAUUAAUUUAACUGCUGUGUUAUUUGCACAGUUGUAAAAAUAAAUGUUUCCUAAAUGCAGAAAAAAAUUCAAACUGCCUUUUGACAAACUUGUCAUCCCUGCAGGUGAAAAUGUGUAAUUUUUUUUUUAUCAUCCACCAUGAGCCAUCUGCUCCACUGACACUUUGCCUUAGAUUAUAUCAGCAUGGGAGGAAUUAUCCAGACAUUAAUCCAGGUGGAUUAGUCUGAAAGACAGAUUGGAGCGCAAAUCUCGCACAAUUAGGUUCCAAAUCCAAAGCAAGUGGAACAAGACUGUUUUUAGCACGACAAAAAAUGUCAACUAAAAUUCAUUCAGCUUUUAAGUGAUGCUUUUAUGUAGCAGGUUUAGUUUAGUUGAUUUCUGACGGGGUGGGAGUUGUCCAGAAGUUUAGGGAGAAAGUCUAGGGCAUGUGACUCCAGAGUCAAGAGUUAUAUUAUCUUACCUUUAUGUUGUUUGUGCAUGAGGUUUAGUUAAAAAAUACACUCUGACAUCUAAACUGUGUUUUCUAUGGGUGCUUUUGACUGCCUUUUAAAUAUAUAUAUCUAAUCCAUGGGAAAAAAAAACAAUCAAGGAAUAAUCUUCUCCUUUUUAUCUUUCCAUUGCGCAAGAGACUUAAAGGUAUCCCCGGACCAUAGCAUCAACUCUAUGAUUUCAUCUACAGGAAGCGUACAUUUUUAAUCUGCACUCUCAGAGAUUUGUAUUCGUUGAAAACAAACGAUGCUCUUACUUUGAGCAGGAAUGACAGCCAGGGUAUCUGCAGGGUCUUAAAAAGUCUUGAAACGCAGCCGAGCGGGUUAGUGCGCACCACAUAUGAGUACCACAGUCCCUGCAGCGGUCGCGGGUUUGAGCCUGACCCCAACCUUGUGUUGCAUGUCCUCCCCCUCUCUCUAUCUCCCCAUAUUUUCACACUGUCCUAUCCAUAAAGGCAAUACAAUAAUUAAAAUUUAAGGCCUUAAAAUGUCUAAAAUUCUCUUAAAAUGUCAUAAAAUGUCUCAUACAAUUUUGAAGCUCUUAAAAAUGUUUUAACUCUGCUUACAAAUAAAUAACGUGCCAUAGGAAUAAAGAUUGGCUUGAAGUAAUGUAAAAUUUUCCGAUUUCCUUAAUGUCUUUUGUACUUUUUUUGCCUGUUUGGAUGUUAAAUGGGUCAUAAAUUGUAUUCACUAUGGUCUUUAAAAAAUCUUAAAGUUUAAAAUUCGACUUGCAGAGACCCUGGACAGCACACUCUCAUGAGGUUUUCCAUCUUUUUUUUGCAUCCCUCUUUCCUGUCUUUCAAACUGCUGUCUGUCACAUGGUUGUUGAAAAUCAUCAUUGCUCUUUUAGGUGAAAUUGUCAAGUCUCAACCUAGAUGAACACGCACGUAAGAAACUGCUCAAACUCGCUGGGGAAAGAUACGACAAACAGACUGAUACCCUCACCAUCAAAACGGACAGGUAGACACUCCUUCCUCAGGGAUAAUCGUGGAUAGUGAUCAUGAGGCGAUAAUACAAAUGCACUAAACUCCCUUCUUCUUUGUCUCAGCUGCCCAAUGAGAAAGCAGAACCAGGACUAUGCCAUGUACCUGCUGACUGUCCUUUACCACGAGUCCUGGGUGAGUUUCUUUUCUUUCUUUUUAGUCCCACAAACGGAUUUUUGUCUAACCUUAAUAUGAACAAGUUGAACAAACAAAGCUACGAGAUGGAAAAAAACACUGACGCCUCCUCGAAAGCCAGUCGAAUGUGACUCUCAGACUAUUCCUCACCAUGACAUUCAGAGAGCCCGCCUGACUCCUCCACCAUGGCUGACAUUUGUUACAAGAGCGAACAGAAAAAAGUCACUGGUCUCCUUUUAACUUAAGCCUUUUGUUCUCUUCCAUCUUUUGAUCCAUAUCUCUUCAUAUCUGGUUACUCUCUGGCGUUUCUUGUGGGGACAACCUGUUACCAGUUAAAAUCACAUAAACUGACACAAUAUGAAAGGCAAUCACAGGGCCCUCAUUAACUUCAUGACAUCAUGUAUAAAUCAUGCUAUGUGGUAUAUUUUCAUUGUGGCGUUAUUACCUACUCUGAUAUGGCAAAAAUUCAUGGCAUAGAAAAGUCGUUUUAGCGUGUAUUGGGGAAAAACUGUGUCAUCAUAUUUUUGCCAGCUGAAGAGAGACUGGAAAUGUCCAGGUCAGGGUCAUGGCUGGGAAUUAAACCAGCAUCAGGCACUACAGCCUCUGUAUGUGGGGUGCUUGGACCACUGGGCCAUCAGCACAAAAAUUUUUCAUUUUCAAUAGAGACCGGACUUGGUUGCAUGGCAACAGUAGAUAAGUCUCCUAAAGUGCUUGGUUUCAGGAUGCUGGGGGACCUUUGGACAAAGCUGUCUUUUAUCAUUUUGCCCUCAACAUGCUGUAGUAGUUUAGUUUGACAAAAAGUUCUGUCCUUUGGAUUUCUUUUUCGGUGCUAAUUUAACGCAGAAUUUAAAAAUAGGGCUUUUUCUGCAGCUUCCCCACUGACACCUACCCCCUCGCAGCAGUUUCAAGCAUUGAAAAUAACAAUAUAAAAAUGAUCAUUCUUGUCGCUGAUGGUCUUGUUUGCUUUUGCAAAGUGUAAGAGGACAUCAAUAUAAAAUUCAGUCGAGUUUAGACAUGUCAAAAGUCUCCAGACAGGAGCUUGACAUUAACAACAGCAAAUGUGCCACAUUAUACAGACGGUUACUGGCAGCCUGUAGUAACACGACCAAAAUAUUUGAUUCAAAUCUAAGUCCCGCCUCUGACAAGGCUAACAGCCAAUUAAAGUUUGGAAUUCUGGGUGGGCAGAUGGGGCCGGGGCCACCUCAUGGAUCCGCCCCUGCCUCACAGGUUUAAAAUGAGUCACUAUCAUUUAAAUGCUCAACUUGGAUGACAUUUAAUCAUAGUCUGAGCUGCGGUCCAGUACCUUUCCACUUAAAAAUCUCGCUCUGUGAUCUGAGAGGCUGAGCCCAUUAGGAAGGUAUCGGCCUUGAAUGGGCAGAGGGACAGCAAACAGCAGCAUUGUCCAGUUGACAUUUCCUCACUGAUGAGGUGGAAACAGGCUCCCUUCUGAAGUGUUGACCCUGAUACUCAUUCACAGUAAGCCAACCAUGCCACCUCAGAGAAGCCUGCCACCGGGUCAUAACCUGAGGCGUUACUCAUACAGCCAGUCACAGAAAAGAAAAUGACUCUCCCUAUUUUGCAACCUGUGCCUGUGGGAGCGAUUCCCGACAUUGCUUCAAAAAAGAUUCAAAAAGAUCAUUUGGGAAAGGCGUCCAAGCCAAUGAGCAGAACGUUGUCCACUGCCCUUUUGGACACACAAUGGAAAGCACAGUGCUUGUCAAGGAGCCUGUAAGAGCGGUGUAACGUUCAGGUCGUAACGCUAGCCCACAAUGAGGCUUAUUGUUAGCAGCCACUGAGGUGAUUUUAUCUACCCACUCAGGGAGAUGGACCCACUCUGUUAAUUCUAGUGUGCUCUAAUCCAGGCCAGCUCUGCUCAAAGAUGCUUCAGGCAUGGAGGGAAGUUCACCACUAGAGGCAGUCAGGCUGUUUUUGCCUCUCACCAAACACCUGUCCUUUCCCUGAACUGAAAAUGUAAACGUUACUUCGCUUGUACUGGAGUUGUUCUGGAAAACAGGUGGCCGUUUGUUUCCCAUAAAGAUAUCAAAUAUUCUGUUUGUCAACCAAACCGCUCGGUGAUGGAUGUGAUAGCAGACAUGCGAGGCUACUGCCAACACUUGUGCAUUAAUUGUACAUACUAUAGUGAAGGAAAACAGCUGUAACUCUGUCAAUGACAUGCAAGUUGUCCUGUUUGGACAGUAGAGCUUUUUGCAAAGACUCGACUCACCCUCUAAAAAUCUGAUUUAACAAACUCAACAGAACUUGAACCUUAAAGGACUGUGCUCAUGCUUUCACUUAAGUGUUUACACUUUUUACAGCUGUAGAUCAGAGGAUUAAGAAAAAAAAAAAAAACAAUUGAGGUUUUUACAACAGAGUAUUAGGGCCACAUUAAGAAACAAAAAAGACUUCAAGGUUAAAGUCGUUAACUUACAGAUGAACAUUUAUCAUCUCUCUUCAGCUUUCCUGUCUGAUACAGGGAAAAGGGAAAAUAACUUAAAAAGAAGCCAUAAAAAAAGUUGUUUAUCUGUCUGCUGCUCCUCAGUGGACUCGCCCCAGACGGGAUCCUCUGUGGGUCAGAUAUGUAUAGCAGUAAUGAUGGUCAUUAACCUCAAACACCUGGAGGGUAGGGGGGUGAAAGCUGCUCGGCCAUAAGCUGCAGCACAGUGGGCCGUAUUGUUCUCGAGUAAACGUGAUGACAGCACAGACAGGCAGUGGACAUAUGGAGAAAUACUAUCUCUGUGAGAGGAGCAUCAAAGAACUGAAGGACCCCCAUAUUUUACAACUGUUGCAAUCCAGGAGCAGAGCUUUAAAAAGGAACGUGAGCAUGCAUUCAUAGUAAAGUGUGAUGGAAUUGCCUAUGUGUGCAGUCUGCUUUCAAAGACGACAAAUAAGUCUUGUGUCUUCUACGCCCUCAGAAAACCGAGGCUUGGGAGGCUGAGAAGACCGUAGCAGACAUGGAGGAGUACAGCUGGGAGGACAGCCCGUCCCAAAACAACAUCCUGGACGUUUUAGUGCGAAUGAAAGUGACCGGCGAAGGAGAGGGCGAGGAAGUGCGAGAGCAGCUACUGGGGAGAAAAGAAGUGCAAGAGUACAAGGACUCUGUUACGAGGUUGAAGAACGAGGGGGAGAGCGAGAGCAACAUGCAGCUGUACAAAGAGGCUGUGAAGAAAGUGUUGAACCUGUAAUCGAGCUACAUGUGCAAUUGUAUUUACCAGAUGGUGACAAAGAAGGUCCACAGUUACAGUUUUGAAUACUUCUACAUCAUUUUGGAGUCAAUCACACAUAAUCUGUUCCAACAUGUGUCUGAAUAUUUCAACUGUCAAGGCUCACAACUACUGUAUUUAUAUGUACUGCUAUAACAGCUGUAUAAUGAUGUCUUUAUACAAAAAUAAAAGUCUAAUGUAUCCUCUUUGGAGUUCACACCAUAGUUAAAAGCUUUUACGUAAUAAAAGCCUCAUUCAGUUA